CCCAAAUUUUGAUUUGGGAAAAAGGAAGGAGACGUUAUGAACUCCCUCCCAGCUCAAAAUUAAUUUUAUUACAAUUCCGCGCUUUUAAAAAAAUGGAAACAUAGUAGGAAACAAAUUCCUGGACUUCUCAAUUUUUUACAGCUGGAUUCACGUCAUUCCAUAAAAUCAGUCGGAUCAAGAACUGAAAACAUUGAAAAGUGAAAUCCACGGAGAAGACAGGGAAUAAGGAACCAAACGCCUUGCAGUUGCAGCCGCCAGCAGCGAUGUUGGUGCCACCAUGGGUGGAGAGUUUCUUGUCUACUCGGUUCUACAGCGGCUGCACUAAGCAUCCCGACGCCGCACACAAGGAAUGCAACAUGUUCUGCAUCGACUGCAGAAGCGACGCCUUUUGCAGCCACUGCCGAAUCUCACUACACUCGGGUCAUGCCGUAAUUCAAAUACGACGAUCGUCAUAUCAUAAUGCUGUGAAGGUGAUGGAAGUUGAGAAGCUUUUGGAUGUAAGUGGGGUUCAGUCGUACGUGGUCAACAAGUGUAAAGUAGUAUAUCUGGACCGGAAGACACAGGUGAAGCCUAGUAAUGGUAAUGCCUCUCAUGCAUGUGAAGUCUGUCGUCGAGGUCUCUUGACCAACUUCCGUUUCUGUUCACUAAGAUGCAAGGUAGCGGGCAUAAUGGAGAAUGGGAAUGCAGGUUUGGUGAACGCCUGCAACAAGAGUGAAGAAGAGGGAAGUAAAGGAGAAGGAGAAAAGAGAUCGUCGCUAAAAAUAAAGUUCAGAGUAAGGGCGCCCCCACCGGCCAAACUCCCACCUUCUAAUUCUAGAAAAAGGAAGGGCAUUCCCCACAGGGCGCCGCUUUCAGGUCACCUGAUUGGAGUUCUAUAGCAUUUAAUCCUUGUACAUUAGCCUAUAUAACUUUGCCCAUAUAUAUAUAUACUGUUAAUGUUGCUAUUUUACUUCUUUUUGCUUUUGCUCUAUACUUCUUUGAAAGGCCUUUUUGCUUGGUGUAUUGUU